AUGGAAAAACUCUCUGAUAGGCACAUAAAGGAGGCGCUUUCUGAUGAUGAAGAUCUAUCUGAUCUAUUUAGUACUGGUAGUGAUUCAGAUAAUUUUGUUCUUUCAACAACUACUAGUGAUUCUAGUGAUGAAGAAUUUGUUGACCUAAAGAGGAAAACGAAGAGUGUGCCAAAAUGUAAGAAGAGACUUAAGAUUGGAUGCAAAACCGUGGCCAGCAAAGAUCCAGAGCCAACACAUUUACAGGUUGUAAUUGAUAUUAAUAGGCCUAUCCAAGAAUCCGGCAAUGACCCAGACGACCCAUCUGAACCUCUACCUGAUAUGGAUGAAGAACAUGAGGCUAUAGGGAAUUUUAAUGAGCAAAGGAAGAAUCAAUUAGUUGAAGCUGCACAAAAUAUAUUGAUAAGGAAUGAUUCCACAACUGAUUCUUUAGAAACGGUUGUUGUACCCGAUCAACACCCUGGAGAACCUUCCGAUGAAUAUAGUAAUACAGAGGGAACAAUUGCAUACGACCUAGAACAUGAACUCAAUAGAACACAAUACCCUGUGACCCAAGGUGUGGGUGAAUAAGAAGACA